AUGGCAUCUCCCGCAGCAGCGCAGGCCCGGAAAGUUCUGCGAGACCUGGUGCUCUGGCCCCUGCUGCUGGCGGUGAGAUCCCAGGCAGUUCAGUUAACCCCCCGAAGAUGGCUAAACCUGCAGGAAUACCAGAGCAAGAAACUGAUGUCGGACCACGGAGUCAGAGUUCAAAGAUUCUUUGUAGCAGACACUGCAAAGGAGGCUCUGGAGGCUGCUAAGAAACUAAAUGCAAAAGAAUUUGUUAAAGCCCAGAUCUUGGCUGGAGGAAGAGGAAAAGGUAUCUUCAGUAGUGGUUUGAAAGGAGGUGUUCAUUUAACAAAAGACCCUCAAGUCGUGGGACAGCUGGCUAAACAGAUGAUUGGGUAUAAUCUAGCCACAAAACAAACUCCAAAAGAAGGUGUGAAAGUUAACAAGGUGAUGGUUGCUGAAGCCUUGGACAUUUCCAGAGAAACCUACCUGGCCAUUCUGAUGGACCGGUCCUGCAAUGGCCCUGUACUGGUGGGCAGCCCUCAGGGGGGCGUUGACAUUGAAGAGGUGGCAGCUUCGAAUCCAGAACUUAUUUUUAAGGAGCAAAUCGACAUUAUGGAAGGGAUAAAGGACAGCCAAGCUCAGCGGAUGGCAGAAAAUCUCGGCUUCCUUGGGCCUUUGAAAAACCAGGCUGCAGAUCAAAUUAAGAAGCUGUACAAUCUCUUCCUGAAAAUUGAUGCUACUCAGGUGGAAGUGAACCCCUUUGGUGAAACCCCAGAAGGACAAGUUGUCUGUUUUGAUGCAAAGAUAAACUUUGAUGACAAUGCAGAAUUCCGACAAAAGGACAUAUUUGAUGACGACAAAUUGGAGAAUGAGCCCAUUGAAAAUGAAGCUGCCAAAUAUGAUCUAAAAUAUAUAGGACUGGAUGGGAACAUUGCCUGCUUUGUGAAUGGUGCUGGACUUGCCAUGGCUACUUGUGACAUCAUCUUCCUGAAUAGUGGGAAGCCAGCCAACUUUUUGGAUCUUGGUGGUGGUGUAAAGGAAGCUCAAGUAUAUCAAGCUUUCAAACUGCUCAUAGCCGAUCCUAAGAUAGAAGCCAUCCUUGUCAAUAUUUUUGGUGGAAUUGUCAACUGUGCCAUCAUUGCCAAUGGGAUCACCAAAGCCUGUCGAGAGCUGGAACUCAAGGUGCCCCUGGUGGUCCGGCUGGAAGGAACCAAUGUCCACGAGGCCCAGAACAUUCUCAGUAACAGCGGACUCCCCAUUACUUAGGCCGUCGACCUGGAGGACGCAGCCAAGAAGUCUGUGGCCAGCGUGGCUAAGAAGUGA